AUGCGGCGCGCUCUCUUCAUAUCGACCGUUGCUGCCUGUAGCAGAUGUCUGGCAUGGCCACAGCACCUGCACCGCCAUCCCACCUCGCGCAUUGAUGCUGCUACUCGCUGCAUCGCCUCUACGCACAUACACUGCAAAGACAUACGCCGCGGAGAUCGUGGCGAGUCGCGUCGCCUGACAUUUGACGAGCGGGCGGAGCGUCGCAUGGGAAAGACGCGGGAACAAAAAGUAGCAAAGGAGAACUUGCUGCAGGACGCAGAAAUGGUCAUUAACGAGGAUGUGCCAGAUGAGCUUGAGCAUGUGUUCGUGCAACACUUCGAACGUGCCAACGUGAGCGCGAUGAAAGUGUUAAACAUGGCCAAGUGCUUGGAACUGUUGGAGGUUGACGUUGGCGGCGGCCACAAGGUUCUCCUCACCAAGGUGGCACAGGUCGUCAAGACGAGUAACUCAACACUGGAGAUCGUGCCCCACAACACAAGUUUCGCGAACCCCAUCCUGCAGCGUGUGACGCGGUUUGAUGGGACGCUGCAGGUGACAAAGGAGCAGCAGAAGAUUAGAGUCAUGAUGCCGCCAAUAACGACAGGCCGCCGUGACAAGGCAGCAGCCGAAAUACACCAGGUAAUUUCGCUAUUCCGACAAAAAAUAAAACACGUGCGCACAAAUGCGUCCAAAGCGCUGCAGGGGGCUGGCAUCGACGAGGGUGCCGCCCGGGAGCUCCACGUGCAGUUGGACGAGACGGUGAACGCGUUCACGGAGCAGAAGGUUGCGGAGUUGGAGCAGCUAGCAGCCGAUGUGACAUCUAUGGGCGUCGACGAGUCAGAUAUUGGGGCGUAA